GUAAAGUAUGGGUAAGGGUUCAGAAUUUAAUUACUCUCUCGUCUACCCAUCCUCACUUUUUUCUCAUUUUUCCAUAACCUCCUUGCUUUCUUCUCCUUCCUCCAUCUCUCUCCCUCACAAAGCCAAACCAGCCACCAACUGGACCGCCAGCCGCCAGCCGCCAGCCGCAAUUGCCCCAAGUCGGAAAUCGACACAUCGCAGCCGCCGGCCACCGCACGCACAGCCCAGCCUAUGCGAUUAUGGUGAGUUGUGUUCUUGUUCCCUCAAUGGUCGUUCACAUUCCUACUCCAAUGAAAUUUUGAUGGGGUCAAAAAAAGAUCUUGAGGCAUAUCAAAAGGUAUUUGAAGAUGAUGCAACUUCUGUGUAUAAUGAAUCUCCACCAACUUCUCCUAUUGUUGAAAAGGUACUUGUAGAAGAUGACAUCAAUUUGGUUGUCCCUAACACUUCUGAAGAUGUUAUUGCGUCUAGGGCAAAAUUGAACCCCAAAAAACGUGCUUAAUGAUUGUAAGGUUGUUUUGAUAUUUCGUUUUAUUUUUUUUUUGCUAAUUAAAUUUGAAAAAAUUGGAGCUGGUUUUAUCUGUUGUUGUUUGAUGCUGGAUUAUGAUGAUCUUGUAUUUAUGUUUGAUGUUUGUUUUUUCGUUUGUUUUUUAUGUGUUGUUGUUGAUAUUGUGUUCUUUUGGUUUGGGGUUUUUUUGGUUCUACUGUUGGUAUUAUGUUGCUGGUUUUAGGGUUGAUGUUUGUUGCUGGUUUUAUGUGUAUAAGCCCCUGUGAUGUCAAAUUGUUGAACCUAUAAAUUCUGAAAAAUUUACUUUGAUUACUUGGUUGAGUAGCAUUUGGUAAACCAUUACCCGUCUCUUGAUUUUUUAGCAUGUUCAGUUAGUUCAUUUGUUGAUGAUAAAUUGUAAUCUGAGAGGUUUCAUAACCUCUAUGAUGAAUCAGGGGGCUUGUUAUUGUUCUGUGAGCUGUUAAUUUAGUGUCAUUAGGAAUAUGUAAAGUCAUUUUUUUUAGAUUACAAGCUUGUAAUUUCAGAUUUGAUGAAAAAUUAAUGUCAAUCCAUGGAAUUAUAGAAUGCCCAAUACAAGGCUCUUUUGUAUUUUUUGGAAUGGAGGGCUGAUUUCUGUUUGCUGCUGUGAAGCUCUAAAUUUUUCUAAUUUGAAAAGUUUGUUAAUUUCCUUCCAAAAUGUAAAGUUCUCUCUCUUCAUUAAUAAAUCAGAAUUUUUUUUCAUUUAGUUUUAUUUAUAAUUAUUUUAUCUCUUACUUUUAAUACAAUUAUUACUUCACACUACUAUUUAACUAAAAUAAUACCCACUACAACCAAAGAUUCCAUCUUGCUUAAUCAUUGUUAUUCUACUCCGAAUUAAAAAAAUAUAUUAAUAUGAAAUUACAAAUUACAUGCAUUCAUUAUUAGAAUAGAGUAUUGCAUCAAAGUCAAACUACAUAAGGGUUACGGGUUCGUAUUAUUUUCUCUUAUUUGAAAUAGAAUAUUUAUCUAGCACCAUAUAUGAGAAUGUUGAGAUUUAAUGGUGACUUGAGUGCAUAUUUCAUGUGUGCAUUUAUUUAUGACUUAUGGAAUGGAAUCCUAUAGAAGUAAGUUUAUGGGUGAGUUAAGUAUGUAAUUUAAUGUGUUGAAUGUGGUAUUUAAGUGUGGUGAUUAAUUCUUGAGGUUAUGAAGGAAUUAAAAGUGUGACCUAAACUCGGUGAAUUAUGGUGCUUGAAUGAUGAGAGUUAAUGAAGGAUGCCAACAGCUCAUAGGUUCUGUCAAUGUGACUUGUUCAAAGCACUUAUAGGGUGUAUAAUACCUUGAACGAGCAAAGCCAGCAGCUGAGUCCAGUAGCCUCUGAUUCCCCACCCUCGAACAAGCACUCCUUCCCCCUCCAGUCAGUAGGUUCGAUUUUGCUGUGCUCGAACAAGCGCUUGAGAGGCUCGAACAAGCAUAUGGGGCAGCAGCAGCAUAGGAUCCUACGAGUGAUCGUUUCAUUUACUUGGGCUUAUUAUAAUGUAUUUACUAUUAGUCUUAAGUAUGUUUGACUCAUCAAUUGUAUUUAGCACUAAAAAUAAUGAGCUCUCAUGUACAUUCAAACAUAUAAAACACAAAUCCCAAGCCUAAUCACAUAGUCUUUGCAUUUUUUUACAUCUUUUGUAAUACUUUAUUGUAAGAGUUGUAUUUCUCAAGUGAUAUAAUAUAAGCAAGUAACUACACACCACAAAGGACGUAGUCAUCAUUGGGUGAACCUCUUUAAAUUUUUGUGUUCCUUUUGCAUUGAUAUAACUUGUGACGUUAUAAGAUAACGUCAAUAAAAAGUUUUCUAAUUCUAGAGUUGAAGAGCUCUAGUUGGAUAUGUUGGAUCACAAGGACACGAAAGUUAAGUAUGGAAGAACCUAUCUAUGUGAGUUUGAAGUUAGCCAUUUUAAAAAGUUAGGAUGGAUGUAUAGACUUUUAUGAGCUCUUGAAAAGAUAUGGACGAAUUUUUUAAAGUGUCAAGCUAAAGAUGUCAAUUUAAUCCAUAGGAACAUUGAGCAUUGAUGUACAAGAUGGAGCAAUCUAAGAUUGUGUAGAGAAAUAAAUAUAUACUUUAUUUGGGGUAGGAUUGUUGGAUAAUUAAAGUAUAAAAGUUUCUAAGUAUAAUUUAUAGUAUACUGGUUAUACAAAUGUAUAAUAAGUAUAAGCCCGUGGCAAGUACGAUGAAAAUAGUGGGCUAAAAGUACUAUUAAAUUAGUAGGGACAAAAUGGUAGAAUCACGUGUCCAAAUAAAGGAAAAACAAAACAAAUUACAAACAGAGACAAAACUUAAGCGGCGAGUCGCCGGUCAUAGAUGACAAGUGCAUCACUUAGUUUUUGCAAAGUUGAGUUUUGGUUAGAAGUAAAAGUCAACUCGUUACUUAAGGGAAAGCCGAGUCGGCGCUUAUUCUCUUUUAGAUGCAUGUUUUUGCGGAUUUCGUUCAUUAAUCGGCGGUUUUUAACCGUAAUUACACCCACUAAUUAGUCAAUAAGUAACAUGGGGUAGUUGG